UACUUAUCCCUAUAUUUUUCUAACCUAAUACAUCUCGCAGAGACUAAUCUUGAUACCACAAUCUGCCUGAUACAAGAACCAUUUACACCAUGUCGCAUCAGACAGAGCAAGCGAGUGCCCACAAGCACGAUGACGAGACUGUCCUGCCGGUCCACUACCAGCACCAGGAGGAGUUCGCGGCAGAGCCGCCCACGGUGGGCGAGCGCAUGCCUCUCUUCAGCCUCCGCUGGGCGUACCGCGAGUACAUUGCCGAGUUCUGGGGCACCUUCAUGCUUGUGUUCUUUGGCGACAGCGCCGUGGCCACGGCCACCCUGAACAUCAGCAACGCUGCCUCUGGCUGGCUCAUCAUCUCGUUCGGCUUCGGCAUCGGCCUGGCCCUGGGCGUGUACUUCUCGGCAUCGAUUUCCGGCGGUCACCUGAACCCGGCUAUUACCCUGGCCAACGCCUUGUUCGGAAAGAUCUCCUGGCGCAAGGUGCCCGGAUACAUGUUCUCACAGCUGCUGGGCGCGUUCGUGGCUGCUGCCACUCUGUACGGCAUCUUCAAGUCCCAGUUCGACAUGUUCGACGGCGGCAACCGCCAGCUGCAGGGCCCGACUGGAACCGGCGGCAUCUUUGCCACGUACGCGCAGCCCGGCAACGGCAAGUUCUUCUCGGCGUUCUCCGAGAUGGUCAACACUGGGCUUCUGAUCGCCGGUAUCUACGCCGUCUGCGAUGAGCGCGGAACGCCGGCCAAGGGCUUCGUGCCUAUGGCCGUUGGCGGUGUGAUCUUUGCCAUCAGCUGCUGCUCGGGCUGGGUCACUGGAUUUGCCCUGAACCCGGCUCGCGACUUUGGACCCCGCAUCUUCUCGACCAUCCUGUACGGCAAGGCGCCGUUCACCGCCGGCGGCCACUACUUCUGGGUCCCGCUGUUCAUGCCUUCUUUCAUCCUCAACGAGCCCGUCAAGAAGAAGCAGAACUAG